AUGGACGCGAAGCACUCCCUAUCCCAAAAAGAAGGACCAUUGUCCCAACUGUCCCACGAUUGCUUGGUGGCGAUUCUGGGCCAGCUCUCUCUGAGUGAUGCCCUGGCGGUCUCCUCCACCUGCAAGGAUCUCAGCGCAUCGGCCAUGCCUUUCGUCCUCCGCAACAUCUCUCUGGACUGGACCACCCGGCCGCUGAAAAAACUCCUGCAGUUGCUUCGGCUGAUCUUCAAAGACCCCGAGCUGGCAUCCUAUGUCCACCAUGUCAGUCUGGUAUCUGCACCCGACGCCGAAGAAUGGGAAGACACCCAGCCAGAGAUCGACUGGGAAACCGAGUCGGAAUCCUUCCGCGACGUGCUGGACCAGUCCAUGGAUAUUGUGCGUCGCGCCCAAUUCGCCGACGCCGAGGACUGGCAUCUGCCCAUCUACGGUGGUAAUAUCUACUGCUUUGCGGGUAUCCUUCUCUCCCAGUUGCCCAACUUGAAAUCGCUCCGUCUAGACUACUCCUUGGUCUGGUGGGAUGGGUUUCCAGGCAUGAUAAUGACACAGGCCCUUCUCUUUCCGAAUGGGGUCCUCUCCACUUUUAAGAAUCUUGAGGUCGUGGACUAUGGUGGAAAUGUCCCAAUCUCCGAGUCAGAGGAUAUGUACAACGAUGAAUACCCGGACAGUUAUCCUCCGUACAACCCCGGCCAGUUUGCGGGCUGGUUCUGUCUCCCAGCUCUGCGCUCGCUGAACCUCUGGUUGCGAGAUCUCGACGAACUGCGGGAGAAGAAACCUGAUCUGGAUCUUAGUAAUCUGGAGACGCUGAUUCUGCCUCGCGCCACGAUCUCCGAUGAGGAUGUGAAUUUCCUGCUGUCGCGGACAGCAAACCUCAAAAAUCUGCACCUGGGAAUGGCCUAUUCUUAUAGAAAUGAGCUAGUGGUAGGCAACGCCCCGAUGCUAGCACAGGCAAUGGUCUCUGUAAGUCCGACCGUGCAGAAUCUCUCCCUCGGGGUAGAAUAUUACCCUUCGAAUUUGGGCGAUCGCAACUGGGAUGGCGCCGAUGAUCAUAUCAAGGAAUCAUUUCACCGGAUUCUGCACAAUUUCUCCAAUCUGCAGACCGUGGAGAUGCCGCUGUGUGUUCUUCUAGGCUGGUACCUUGACAGCGAUAACCCCGCCCAGCUCGGCCCACUCCUGCCAAAAUCUCUCCGCGAACUGUGCCUGCGGGAUGACCUACGGAGUCUGUAUGAUUUUGAAUGGGAUGAAGAUGAAGAAAUCAGCCUGUUACACCGCUUCCUUGUCGAUUGGCGCAAGCACACCCCGGAGCUGAAACAGAUCACCAUGCGUCUCUGGGACCAGAAUCACACUGAGUUUCGCAAGGAACAGGAGGAGGCGCUGCGUGCUGCGUGUGCCGAGGCAGGCUUGUCGCUGAGCCUGGUUGUGGAUGAUCUGGGGACUGGGUUGUGGAGUCAAAAGGUUACCCCGUGA